GACGAGCGUAUCCAGACAGAAUUCCAGCAAAACACAAGUUUCAAGGUCAAUUUCGAGGCAGCAAGAGGCUUUCGAUCCUCUCUGCAUGGUUCAUCUGAUGCCCAGAGUCUGCCACCGUCGCCAUCCCCAGCUAAGCUCUGAACAAGCUUCCACACCGCUCACUAAGCUUUGUGCCAACAUUUCCUCCGCACCGUUUCGGCGCCUCAAUCGAGAGCGAUCAGCGCCAAACUUUCUUGACUCCUCACGAAAAGGGCAAUCACCGCCUCGUCAUGGGGUUCGCCAGGUCUGCGCGGAUUGGCUGCCAGGAUUCCAGCCUGUUUGUGGCUGGAGGCGUGAAUGGACGGCGCAGGAAGAUGAUGUCGUGGGCAUCGGGAUCGUGAAAUUAGACUCGAGUAUAUAUGGCUGCGGGUAGGGUUUCGUCCCUUCAAGUCCUUCAAGUCCUUUGAGAAUUUGGUAUCACCGUGUACUAUCGCUACGAGUGAGAGGUUGCUGCUUUGUUGGCGCGUCCGUCACGAUCGUCCACGCCAGUUUGUUUGCUUGCUGCUUCCCCUUUGGAUACCACCACGCCGCUACUACGUCAGUUCUAUGCCUAACUCUUUGCU